AUGUUUGCGCGCCCCCGAAAGAGGGACGUGCGGUCGGGCCGACACAAGAGGCCCCCUCUGGGCAUCGGCCACGCCCGCGCCCAGCCCGUCGCGCACCCGGCUUCCGGCAUGCCGCCACGAGCCGCCAGCCCCUCGCUCCCGACGCUGGCCGCCGCCGCUGCCGCCCUCGCGGCGCUCUGCGGCCUCGCCGGCCGCGCCCCCGCCUUCGCCGCGGCCCCGGCGCCCGCCUCCUCUGCAGCGCGGGGCCCCCGCGGCAGCGGGGCAGGAGACGCCAGGCGCAGAUGCGCUCGGGGCGGCCGGGGCGCUCCUGGCGCCCGCGCUCUGCGGAGUCGCGCUGCUCGCGACCCGCCGGCCCGCGGGGGGUGCGCGGAGGGCCGGCAGCGACGAGGUCGCGCUGGUCGUCUCGCCCAAGGAGACCUACGAGGCCCUGGUGGACAAGGGCGUUGCCAACGCAAACAUGCCGCUCGGAAAGCUGAUGCACAGCUCGAUCAUGGGCGGCGCCCAUGUCGGCAUGGCCGGCCUGCUCUCUCUGACCGUGGCCGGGAACCUGGGCCCGUCGGCCACCCUUGGCGCCCAGAGUUCAUCUUCGCGGCCCUGUUCUCAGUGAACCUGCUGUUGGUGCUGCAGUCGGGCUGUCAGCUGUUCACUGGCAACACUGCCACAGUGUCGUGUGCGUUCCUCGAGGGCAAGGUGAAGAUCAAGGAUAUGCUAAGGAGCUUCGUCUACUCCUGGGUUGGCAACGUGAUCGGUUGCGGAGCACUGGCUGUUGCGGCCUGGUACACCGGCCUCCUGGCCGGUGGCGCAGGCUCCAUGGCUGUGACGACAGUGGCCAAGAAGUGCGGCGGCACGCUCGGACAGACAAUCGUGAAGGCCGUCUUGUGCAACUGGCUGGUGUGCAAGGCCGUCUUCCUGUGCACCCAGGCGAAGGACCUCACGGGCAAGAUGGUCGGAAUUUGGUUCCCCAUUUCCAUGUUCGUGGGCAUCGGUUUCGAGCACUCCGUCGCGAACAUGUUCAUCUUGCCGGCGGGCCUCCUCGCAGGCUCGCCACUGACAUACAUGCAGACCUUCAUGCAGAACCUUCUCCCAGUCACGCUCGGAAAUUGGGUGGCCGGGGCUUUCAUCAUCGCAGGCGGCUUCUUCUUCCAGUUCGGCAGCCGCAAGAAGUGA